AUGGUCGGCGCCGGGGGCACGAAACGGGCACCGUCCCCGAACGGCGCUAUAUCUCCGCCUCCGCUGAAACGGAAAGUCGAGCCAACGGUGACCAAGAAAGCCAUGUCCUCGUUCUUCACGCCAACGUCUCAGAAAAAACCCGAGCAAAUCACCUGGCGGAUUGUGAAGGAUAGUCUAAUCAUUGGCAAAUAUGCCAAAGAAUCAGGGCCUAAGAAAGAACCCUCAGACAAGCCAAAGAUUGCUGCAUUCGACUUUGACUCGACUUUGGUUUCAACUGCCUCAGGCAACACAUUUCCAAGAAACUCCUCAGAUUGGAAGUGGUGGCAUUCUUCCGUACCUUCUCGUCUCAAAGAGCUGGAAGCUGAUGGAUACCAAGUGAUCAUUGUUUCCAACCAAAAGAAGAUUAGUCUGAAAAAAGAGAUCAAAGCCGGAAAGGGCGAUUCUAAAAGCUUGACGAAUUUCAAAGAAAGGAUCACGGCCGUUAUGAAACAGCUAGAUCUCCCUAUGAGUGUUUACGCUGCUACAGAGGAUGAUGAGUAUCGGAAACCGAGGAGUGGGAUGUGGAACGAGUUCUUAGAUGACUAUGACUUCGACGUGGCUGGAGUCGACCUGUCAGGGUCCGUUUUUGUUGGAGAUGCCGCCGGCCGGCCGCAGGACCAUUCUCAGGUAGACCGGUAA